UGACAAAGCAGGCUGUUACCAUUAGUUGGGGGAGUUGUCACUUUCACCUUUGCCUGGAACAGCUCUAUGGCGUCUAAACAUGGCGCAAAAUUCCAAGCGAGAUGACGAUCGAAUAUGUCGGGUUCUUAUUCGAGCAGACGAUGAGAGGCUUUCGCCAGGGAAAUACUGGACCAGACAAGAGAAACGCCAAUGGGGCUGUGGGCUGUUUUGUGGGGGUGCCAUGUUAUAUGCCUGCCGUACUGUAAUGCCACUGUGUGUCGUAUCAUUGGCCAAAGAGUUCAAAUGGAAUAAAACCGAAUCAGGAACAGUUUUAUCCUCCUUUUUCUGGGGUUAUACCAUGACCCAGUUCAUUGGAGGUUAUCUCAGUGACAGAGUUGGCGGUGAGAUUGUUGUGCCCAUGGCUGCAGCAUUUUGGUCAAUAAUAACAUUUUGGACCCCACAACUUGUAUAUAUCAGUAAAGAUAAACAAGUCACACUUAAUAUUUUAGUCUUAUCACGGGUUUUAUUGGGAAUCUUUCAAGGUUUUCACUACCCCAGCUUCACCAGCAUCAUAUCAAGGAAAGUGAUUGAGCAAGAGCGUUCGUUAACAUAUAGCUUCAUAUCAUCUGGUUCUUAUUUAGGUACUCUGUUCACUGGCAGCCUAGGAUCCCUUCUUUUAGACAAUUAUGGCUGGCACAGUGCAUUCUAUUUUACAGGAACAUGUGGCAUCAUCUGGCUGCUUCUGUUGCGGUAUUGCCUCAUUUCAAGAGAACAGGAUAAAUAUGUGGUUGUCUCCUUAGCUGAUAAUGUCGUUGCCCCAGGAAAGACAGUACCCAAAGACUAUACCUCUGUCCCAUGGUUAACAUUGUCCACUAAACUAGCAUUUUGGUCCCUUAUUGUUGGUCACUUUUGUCAAAAUAAUGCAUUCUUUGUACUCUUAUCUUGGAUGCCAACAUAUUUCCAUGAAAGUUUUCCUUCAGCAAAGGGGUGGGUAUUUAAUGUGGUCCCAUGGGUAGUGACCAUUCCAAGCUCCAUAUUCAGUGGUUGGUUAGCAGAUGUCAUGAUAUGCAAAGGUUACACUGUGACAUUUGUCAGAAAAUUUAUGGAGACAGUAGCCUUGUGUGGAAGUGCUAUAUUUCUUAUGCUGAUCGGAUAUACAUCAAGCUUUGAAGCAUCCCUCUUCUGCCUCGCAUGUGCAGUUGCCUGCUGUGGUUUCCAUGGCAGCGGGAUAUUAAUAAACCCCCAGGACAUUGCUCCCAAACACGCAGGAUCUGUUUUCGGCAUCAUGAACAUGGCAGGUGCAAUCCCAGGUUUUGUAGGGGUUUACAUUGCUGGCAAUAUUCUGGAAGCGACAAAAAGUUGGGGAGCGGUUUUCAGCCAAACUGCUGUUGUAUGUAUUUUCGGUUGGAUUGUUUAUAUGGUUUUUGGCACCGGAAAAGUAAUAAUUUAAUCAAUGCAAAGUUAAUUUCAAGACAUUUUCUCCAAUAUAUUCUACAGGCAAAAACCUGUGGUUUAUACCAACAAAAUAUUGGGGGACUUCUUAACUCCCUGCAAUGGCAAAAAUGUACUUAAAAAACAGCUAACAUUUUCUUAGGUCUUUUAACAUUCCUAACAGAACACUUCCUGUCUCUUCAACAACCUCUUCUUCUUUCUCUCGCUCUCUCUGUCUCCUUAUUAAAUACAAAACCUUUCAGUAUUCUCAAAAAAUCUCACUGUCCCAGGAAAUUCUGUUGAUUUUAUUAGAAAAUUUAGUAUUUAAGAAACAUAGAUUACUUAGUGUGAAAUUUAAGAUAUAUAUAUAUAUGUAUAUAUAUAUAUACAAGCUGUUGAUAAUUCAGUUAUUUAUACAUAAAAGCCCCCCCCCCCACAAACAUUUAUAUAUGCAUAUAUCCAUAAAUGACUGCUUUAUGAACCUAUAUUUAACUUCCUAAUUAAAUCUCUGUUUUAGUCUUGGUGACUAGUCUUAGUUGGUUAAAGAGAACAAGUUUCAUAAAGUCAGUUCUUACUGUUUAUAUUUUGAAAAACUAAUAUACUUUCACAAAUUAUAUUUAAUAGAAUUAAAUUGAAAAUCAGUGAAACUUAUUUCACAGAGUUAAAAAAAAAAAAAGCCCAGCAAGUAGAGGAAAUCAUGUUUUAUUUAAUUUGAAACCAAUUUUAUUUUAAACUGACCAAAUGUGAUUGCAGUUAGUUGUGAGCUAAUCACUACCAAUAUGACCAUUAGUAACUGCUAUUUUCGUAAUCCAUCAGGCUUAAAUGAAUUGUAAAUGUUUCAUCUAAUUGGGGCAGCAGAUUGAUUAAUUAUCAAGGUAAGGUUAAUUAACAUUCAUUGCUAGGUAAAUCUCAUUACUUUCUUAUGCAAAUUCUCACAAGUAGAACAUGUAAUUUACAAAAUGAACCAAAAUUGAAUUUCCACCCCCACCCCCUCUGCAAAAAAAUUGUUUAUAGACAUUUGAAAUUGUCGGUCAUGGAGCUAAUGAAAUGACUUUUUAUAUUUGUCUCUUUUGGUCAUAAAAAAUACAUUUGUGUGGGUGGAUGAGUGUGAUGGGGGGGAAAAAGAGAGAAAAAUAAAAUUGUGUGUGUGUGUGUGCAUAUAUAUAUGUGUGUGUGUGCAUGUUUGUAUGUAUGUUUAUCUCAUGAACAAAACCCAUUGAAUAAUCAUUGAUGUUAAUGCUGAAACUAUUAACAAUUGCUCGGAUGGUGGACUCAUCCAGACAUUUUUUGUGAAAAUUAAUAGAAAAGUGAGUUGACUUUUCUGAGAUGUGGACAUUUCCCCCAAAAGCUCAUUUCCUAUGUUAAACAUAGGGCUGUAUUUAAUAGAGACCAUUUAAUAAUAAAUGCAUCAUUUCCUUCA